AUGGCCUACCAAGGUGCUCCUGAUGGAGGUGUGGCGGGUAAAAUGCGUAUUCCAGAAUGGUGGACUGGAUCACAGUGCUCAAAAGUCAGCCUUCCUCAGGCAAUAACACUUUAUUGCUAACUCUCAGCUGCAUCUUGUUUCUUUCCAUAAACCAUAAAAAAUAAUGACCUUUAGUUUAGUUUUUCAAUAAGGUGAACAUUUGCUAUGCUGAUGUUGUAAGUACCAAACACUCCAUUGUUAUCCAAUGAAAGAUAUCGUACUUGGACUUGGAGACAUGAGCUGCAAAGAGGCAGCCCAUUUGACAGUCGCGUUCAGACACAUGACCACGAUCCGAUGUCCUAUGAGCGUCCCUAUAAUGUGAAAUUUUUAUUUAUUUCAAAUUUUACACAUGCCAUUCUCCCAAUCAUCUUUGCUGUGCAUACUUGAUAAUUACCAAUUAAACUUUCUUACUGUACAUGUUAUGAAUGUUUUUUUUUUUAACAGGGAAAAUUUGCGUCUACACCAACGGUCCUCGUUACAGCAGAACAUAUAAGUGCAGACUUUAAGCAUGAUGCCGCAAGUUUGUGGGUGGAAAACGCAACCAGUUUCUCCUUUUACAUUUGUCUUCGAGAACUACAGAAUUAUGAUGGUCUACAUGAAGAUAUCUCUGUGGUAUAUGUUUUCUCCUUUAUAAAUAUAUCUGUCUCGAGUUUGCUAAAACAUGGCUAAAGAAAUUUCAACUGCAUUUUAUCAAUUUGAUAUCUAAGUCGAUUGGAAAGCAGUUAAAAGUUACUGGCUGACAACUUUAUUGCUGGCAACAGGCGGUAAAUUCCUCUCUCAUAAGUAACAAGAUUUUGCGAUAAAAUAUACAACAUUUGAAACGUCCAGAAAUUAUAACCUUUUAGUCAGCCAACCCUUGAGGCCCAUAGCUAAGUGUCUGCCGAAAACAGAUUAAGAAGCCACAAUCUUUGAGCACAGAAUAGGCUUUCUAAGACAAAAUCAUCUAAACUAACUCUCACGAAGCGUUUUUAUGCGAGGCACAAAGUAGUCUGUUAACACGAGCUCAACCACAUACCUGAGUUUUGUCUGUCAACACCUUCGGUAAAUCACAUAAUAAAAUCACUUUCGAUGCAAUCACAACACUCCUAAUAUUUCCACAUUUAACAAGGGCGAAACAUCGUCAAAUGCCUUGGAGCAAAAAGAGCCCGGUCUGAAUAGGAUCAAUGAUAAAAUACGUGAAAUGAGGUCUCGCAAGUAUUGUGGAUACAACUUACAAAUCGUUUUUCGGGAACAUGGCUUAAUUAUUUCUACACGGGAUUUAGGUAUGAGAUAACAAUCCAAUUUGAUUGCUAUCCCUCUCUUUAGAGUUGGAUGGCCUUUGAAAAAAUACACAGGCCUCUUUUCGCUGAGAGCAAACACGUGGAUUUUCCAAACAACAAUUCUGUUUCUACAAGCUACAAUGGUGCAUUUUGCAAGGUAAGAAGCACUUUACUUUUAAGCAGAAGGCUCUGUAACUAUUUAGAUGAAACAGGCUGCUAUCGACCCCCCUGCCCCGGGGGGGGGGGGGUUACUCCCUUAUAUAAACUAUAUAAAUAUGUGCCGCUCCAUCGGGUGGGGUUUUUGAGCCGUUUUGGUCUGAAAACGAGUAUACACUUUGCCCAUUUUGGUCUGGAAUCGGGUGUGGUUUUUGAGGGGACUAAAGGAGUGUAUGGACGUAUUUAUUGUUUCAAUUCCAAAUGAGUGAGAAAGAAAGAGAAAUAUGCGAAUUCGAAAUGGAUUUGAAGUCUUUUUUUGGUUUGCGCUCUAAUCUAAGUAAUGAUAACAUAAUUUCUGCCUAAAGGCCAGGUCUGAAAACGGGUGCGGAAAGUUACAUUUUUUGGUCUGAAAUAGGGUCAGGGUUUGGAGUACCAGGCGGCACAUCCCUACCAAGAAUUCCCAGGAGUACCUCCCCGGGUAUCAAACAAGAACAUUUAUGCGUUUUAUAUCAUAUUUACGGCUGUAAAACUCCAGAUUUUAUCCCAACUUAAUAAAUGAGAGUAAAAACGAAGGAAGUCGACCAUGAUUGAUAUCACAUUUAGUUGCCAUAUCAUGUCAUAUGAGCUUUCAAAAGAAAAGAGAUGAGGCCAUGAAAGGAACUUGGUUUUUGACAGUUCAUCAAAGCCGUCGGGAAAAAAAUCAUCUUGAACAAAGAAGUGUUUUUGAUACUCAAAAAUUAUCUGUUCCUUCGAGUCAGCGCAGAUAAAUUCCAGCCACCAAUUAUAUGACCAUGCAUUGAUAAAAAUGGAUGGUGUUUCAAAUUUUAUAUCAACAGCCUUCUUUUUAUGUCCUUAGGACGUCCCAUUUGCAAUGAAUUACGACAAAGAACCCAUAGUAUUAAUAGCAGCCGGUCACAACUCAGAAGGCAACAAUUUGAAGCCAAUAUACAUGUCCGUGACCCCAUGGAUUGAGGUAUUCUCAAAUUAUUUAACUAAUAUACAACACACUUUUUUCAAAAUAAGUAAGAUCAAGCUGACAAACCUGUAGGAAAUGCGCAAAUGAGCUAAAUUACACCAAGGUCUUGUUCGUGCAUUCGGCCGUUUAUCAGUCAUAGUCGCGCAGCGAAAAGUUCUACAUUCCAUCAAUUUGUCAAUCUGUUAUUCAAGGUCAGUUUCCCAAUUUCUUUUCUUUUUUUUGUUUAGAUAGGAAAGUGACUCAGCUACAGGCGUUUAAGCGAACGUCUCUAAAAGUUGAGCUAUUACUGUUCUUCUAAGCGAAAUAUAGACGCUAGAUGAUUUGCUUAUUAUUUUACAGCACAUCAAGACCAGCGAAUUCCGCAUUUGUCUCAAGGAGUUGUUCGCUGACCAGCAUGAUCCUGUGACUGUGUCCUAUACAGUACUAGCAGGUGUGUUAGUUAAAUGAUAAGGCAAGUUCUCUUUGCGAAGACCUUCUAAUGCCCAGCAAGCUUUGGUAGAUGUCAAGUAAACUUAGAGACUCCUUGUUUCAUAUCUCCUUUAAGUAAUCACCAGUAAAUGUAUUUUCUUAGUUCCUAUUUACUACAGGUAACGGUUUCUAUUUCCAAAAACUUCUCGGUCAGCUCGAACUUUUCAUGGAACGAACCAAACUCUAAUUUCAGUCGACCUAACUUCAGUUAAGAUCGGCUGCUGGGUCAGACGUCGAUCUUCAUAGGACGCAUCGAACCAAUCAACUGAAUCAGAUCUCUUCAGUAAUAAAAUUAUUUUCUUCCAAACAAUUUUUUGAUUUGUUAGUUUCAUUCGUCACGUGUAAAGAUCGACGUUUGUCCCGGAGACGAUCUUCGGACGCUCUGUCCGUCUGAACGUGUUGGACAAUCCAAACUCAUGCAGACGAACUUAGCUGAGCCAGACGUCGAACGUUUCAUUAACUUAACUCACUAAGUUUGGUUCGUUUCAUGAAAAGUUUGACGUUUAGCCUAGGCCUUUUUUUCUCUUUGUUACGCACUAUUGUUGGUUUUCACAUGAAGUCACUAAAAUUCAAACUACAAAACUAUCGAUCAUACCGAUAUUUUACUUUCAUGAUGUAUAAGAGCAGCUAAAAACUAAUUUUCAUACAAAUUAUCGCUUCAAAAGGGUUCUUAGUUUUGUGAUAGAGUGCGCUUGAAUUUCUAAGCUUUUGCGUGACGUGGCACUGAGAUUAACAUGACAGCCGAGAGAGCUGCCAUGUAGGUUGAAAAAGUGACGUAUUUCGGGGAAUUUUGCUAUCUAAAGAGAUCUUGUCUUAGAAAAAGUAUUACUUUAAUGUUAUUGAGUUCCUCGAGGAAUAAAUUCACGCAUUUGUACCAAAACUCGGUAACAGAUGUUUUUGCUGGUUUCUGUCCGCCGUGUUGGUACCCAUACAAGUGGGCAACAGCAUGGCGUCUUCAUACGAAUCUCUAUAAAUUUGGGUAUUUCCUCGGAUAUCUCGUAUACGGAAUAUUCUUCUGACCUGAAUCUUGGCGAGGGUCUUUGUAUAUUUACCUCCUUUCAUUUCCCAGAUUUCGGACUUUAUCUAUUGAACGGUUUUGAUUUUUAUUUUGAUCUAUUUUGAAUGGUGUGACACUGAAAACCAGCAAUUUACUUCACGCAAAAUGUUUCGUAUAUUGCAGAUGUAUGUAAACCGGGCUGGUCAUAUUUUAAUGGUAUCUGCUACUCGACAAGCCAUUCGUGCAAAAAUUGGACUGAAGCUGAGAAAACAUGCCAAGCAUACAGCGGCAACCUCAUCACUGUGCGGAAUAAGGAAGAAAACGUGUAUAUUCACCAUCGGCUGAAUGGUGCCAAGGGCUGGAUUGGGCUAAACGAUAGGGUAAUUGAGGGUACUUUCGACUGGGCAGAUAAUCAAACCAGUAACUUUUCAUAUUGGGCGAAGAACCAACCAAACAACUUCAACAAUGAAGACUGCGUUCACACUUUGGGAGUCAGACAUAGUUUUAUGUGGAAUGAUGUAAGCUGUGGUACUUGCCAUAACUAUACCUGUUCAGAAGGUUUGUGGGUGACUUACCUCUUUUAUAUACCAACAGGCGUUACUAUUAUUAUUAUUAUUAUUAUUAUGCAGCAGUUAAAACUUUUGUAUGCUAUAUACCGUUAAAAUAUUGUGACAGGGCGUGUGAACGUAGCCCGUUAACUAUGGUGAGAACUUAGUAUAAAAACAUGAAGUCAAAAUUUAAAAAUUUACAUAUACAAUAAAAAAAAUUAGCACUAUAAAUAAUGUUCCCCCGAAAAAGAUAAAAUUAUUCAAGACAUCUAGAAUCUAAAAUGAUAAUUGUAAAGUCUUUAAAGUUCUGUUAAAUAUAUUACUUAUUCGGCUGAAAAUUACUGAAAAUUACUUCAUAACUAUAAAAGUCCAAAAGAUGUUGAAGGAAGAGAGUUGAUAAUUUCGAAAGCGAUAUUCAUGGUUCAUGUUGCAACUUUAAACGUUCUAGAGAUGUUUAGUGUUCCCGAAAGUACAGCCCUCUGCAUGUUAUGAAGAACUCCAUUACUCUUACUUCCGACCAACUCCUUCAGCCUGACUUCUAAGUCUCGACACCACCCCCCUAACACGUUUAUUAUGAUAUUAUAUUGUUUCAUCUCAUAUCCUUGGUACUUCUGCUUUAACUCCCAACGGAGCUGUCCGUAUUUCGUGCUUUUCUCCUCCUCCUUUUUCUCCCGGUUUGUAACCCAUGGGCAGCUCAUCUCAAGCGUUACGACUCGCUUUAACUCGUGGUUGUUAAUGCGAGCAUGAACUCUGUUGGCCCCAACUUCUUGGUGCUCCGCAAAUAGAGGGACAUCCCAGAACAGUUACGCAUUGCUCGCCUCGUACACUGGCUUCGGUUUCAGUGGCGAGUACCAAGGUGGUACCAACUCUGCAAGUCCUAGGUCUUGCAAAAUCUCGAAGAAAAGUAUCUUCGGGGCUGCUUUAUGUCGGGUAAUGUACUUGUUCUGUGCAAGGGCAGUACAACCAGCCAGGACAUGGGCGACACUUUCAGGGGCCUUAUUGCAUAGCCUGCACAUUACAUCACCCGUCAUAUCCGUGUGCGUUUUCUGGCAGGCAUACAACCUCGUAGAUAUUAUCAUUAUUAUUAUUAUUCAUUAGUUCCUAUUCAAAAGCAAUUUCCGAUUUGUCCCAAACCUGUUUCAAAACUGAGAUUAUAAAACUACUUCCUCAUGAAAGGGUUUGCUCUUGACCUCAUUUUGAAAGUGUGGGUAUUUUUAGAAAUCGAAAAUGGUCUAUUUUAACGUUUCCAGGCGUUAAGAGUUAUUUUUAUUUAUUUUAUUUCUAUUUUCAGAGAAGAUCCUAAUUGACUUUCACCAAUUUACACCUCAAUAACCAAUAGGCCAUAUUUGCACGAUGACGUCAUUUUACUAUUACUACUACCAGAAUCCUUCAGGGUAUUGCUUUCUUAUGCAAAUUACUGCUUUUGUUAUUUAAACCUCACCGGGAUUAGCAAAUUUAAAUAUGAAAGAAAAAACGAAAUGAAUUCUGGUCCUAGUAGUAAAAAGGCGUCGUCGUGCAAAUGGCCCAUUUCUCUGGCUUCUUAGGUGACAAAAAAUUUGAGUUUACUGUAAAUCUGUUUGUUGCAGAAAUAGUAUAAAUUAAAGGAUUAGUCUACAAAGAAUUCGAAAAAUAGGCACUACUUGGGCGAAAAAGAAAAUUAGACGUCACAAAAAGGAUCCAUAAGUUUGAGCUUUUAGUACUGCAUUACCCCUUCAUACACAACAGUGUUCGUGCUGAUUGACUCAUCUGAGAAACGAUUUUAAAAUUUGAUUGACAAAUGAUAGUUUCAUUAUUUGUUUUGCAGGUUGAUUGACUGAACGAUUGUUUUAUAUUCGUUUUUAAAAUUAGAUUUUGAUGAAUGUGGAGGAAACAAUAACCAUUGUCAUCAGAACUCUAUCUGCACAAACACUAUUGGCUCCUAUAGCUGCCGGUGCUCCAUAGGAUAUGCCGGUGAUGGUUUUCUUUGCAGAGGUAUUAUGUCGGAAGACCCAAGUUGUAGUUUUUCGUUUAAUUCGUGAAGCAUAAUUUUUAAAGAUCCUCAUCCAAUGGUAUAGAGACAUCUCUUGUGAGUUUAAAGCUAGCUUGGGGCGAAUUUCUAAGGUAGAAUAAGCAUGCUUUUACCAUAAAAUUGCCUGAAAAUUUAUUUUUCAAAUAACUCUUUAGAGGGUUUUAAAUACUGAGCAGCGUAUAAUAGUAGUAAAAUAAGCGUUUAAACACAGGCUGGCAUAAAUUAGGAGGGAGAUCUUCUCAGCAACUUUUUUUUUUUCCAGUUUCAGAGAUGAUAAAAUUUGGACAUUAACCUAAUCUCUUCGAACAACACUGAGCAAUGAAGUUUAUUAACUAUCCUAAUUUUAUAGUUCAUAGGUACACAGACCAUAGAGUAUAGUUUUGAAUACAGCCCAAAAAGGGAUCUAAAGUAGGUAUGGUUGUUGAUUUCCCUGCAAUUUUAGAAUCUAAGCUCCCGUAGAUUGCGUAGCUUUCCGCUCUGGUUACAAAUUUCUCAACAAACCCGAGCGGGGACGCUUCUUAGAUCUUGUUACGCGGGCUUAAACUUUCGGGGAUUCAUCAUGAGAGGCUUUCUUGUAUGCUGAUGGGGCUAAUAUGCCAGAAGCUUCAAAAUCGUACGGUACUUUGAAUUCCUUGAAACAUUCGUAAAGAGUAAUUUUUUUUCCUUCAGAUAUCGACGAAUGUUCUUCAGGUCACCAGUGUGACAGCAGUGCGACUUGUUAUAAUACAGAUGGAUCCUACACUUGCAUAUGUAACAGCGGCUUCACUGGGGAUGGACGAACCUGUCGAGGUACAAGCCUCUGAAUAAAUACUGAAUACUAUAAACGACAGCUCUGUAAAGCAUUUCGAAAUAUUAGGUUGUCUGGCCAUAGGUGACAUCAUACGUAAAGCAAAACUUCUCAUUCUACACAAAGUGAGUCAAGAUCAUCGUCCUGAUUAUUUCACGUCCUAUUUCAAACAUAUCCGUUCUUCACAUGCUCAUAGUACUAGAUCCGCCACCCAUAACAACGUUCUGACACCUCUCUGUUAAAGAAACGGCUCAGGACUUAGCAUAGGAAGUUAGCAAGUGCUUGUCGUUUAUAGAAAAAGUGAGGUCAUUCGUAUAUAGAGACAUAGUUUCCCACGCAAUGUUCAGAAAAGCACUGUCUACUGAUACGUUUACCAAUUAAGACAACGCUUCGUUAGCACAUUUUAAGGUUUGCAGAUAUUUUUAGACAUUUAUAGAAGUUGUAGAAUUUUUUAUUUGUAUUUUUUUCAUAACUAAUAUCUGUCGUGUGGUGGACGAUUAUGAAAACUACCCGGUAAACGGUAAUGUCUCCACCCUCGUUGUUCUUCUCGUUCUUGUUCUUCCUCUUCUUCUACUGAUGUCGUUUAAGAAGAAACAAAAAGCAAACUGGGCGGAUAAACAUAACGAAAUGUAAACGCAUUUCUGGGAAGAAAAAAGACUUUAACUUGACGUCUCGUCAAGCGGCGGCCCGUUCCCCCUCCUUAUUUAGCUUUACUUUUAGGCUAAACGGAGGCCCGAAGGGUUGAGUAAAAUGAAUUUCUCAGCUGGGUCCUCUACUUACUUGCAGAUCUGAAUUCGCCACUGCUUACAUGCGUGCACAGAAUUGAAAGUCAUUUCUUCACGAUGGUCUACUAGCGUUCUUGUUAUGUCUUGAAAAGUUCACUCCUAUGACUAUGACAUUCGUUGACAAAAAAGAAGGCAAUAAAAUAAAUAAAAGUUUUUUUAUCUUCCAGAUGUUGAUGAAUGCUCGCUCAACACCCAUGACUGUCACUCCCAUGCAAUCUGCACUAACACAGAAGGGUCAUUUACUUGCAAGUGCGACGUGAAUGCACAUUACAUUGGUGACGGGAAAACAUGCACUCCUCAUCGUAAGCCGAAUUAUAUGUUUUACUUCAUUUUGUUCUCUUCGUUUUACCACUACUCUGAUAAUUGUUAACUUCUAUUUUCUGGGAAAAGGUAUCCACCAAUAUUUAUGUCGGCAAAGAGCAACCUCUCGCCUGCCUGUCGAUCGUCUUGAUUAUGCUCUUGUCCAAGAAUAUACUCUUAAUGAAAUUUCAAAUGCACCGAAAGCGAGAGUUACUUGUUUAUUAUUUCGAUUGCUUCUGACUUCCUUCGGUACUUUAAUUCUGAGUGUAUUUUAGGCUAACCCCGCUGAUAUGUUUAAUCAGUCAAGUGGUUUUUUUAAGGUAUAGCAAUUACUGGAGUCGUUGUCAGUCUCCGAAAUACAGCACCUUUAAAAAGGAUGAAUUUCUGUUUUACUAUCUUUUUACCAGGUGGCCUCGAUGACUCCGUUAUUGUAGCGAACGAUGCCAGCAAGAUAUCGCAGUUAAAUACCUGGCUUCUUCCGCACUUGCAAAGUCCAGACAGAAGUUAUUGGCAACUGUGUUAUAGAGCCUCUAAUCAUGGCUGGAGCUCACAGACCUUUCACAGCUAUUGCGAUAACAAAGGACCCACUGUAAUAAUUGUUAGGGUCGGAAUCUAUAUUUUUGGAGGCUACAGCGACAAGUCAUGGAAGUGUAAGUCUGUGAAAUAGCUAAGAUACGAAGAAGGUAUCGACCAGUUGAACUGAAUUAAAACCGGGGGUUAUUAACCCCAAAUGUCAAAGGAAGGAGAGAUGGGGCCUUUAAAAUUUUCGCAAGUAGUUCAAAACAACUCUAGUCUUAAGUAGAUUGUUAUUAAUUACUAGCAAUACUGCUAGUUGGAGAGGAUUGUGUGGUAAGAGUUUAAUCAAAUACUCGCAACCUGACAAUCUUAUCCAAAGUCACAACAUUGCAGAAGCAUGAACUGCAUUCUAAACAUAAGCCAUGGGUAUUAUUGACAAACCAGUGGUUUUGAUUGGCACAAUCUGGCAAAUUUUCCUUGCAUUAUCGGUGAUGACAACUGUUUUAGCCACUGGCUUCUCCUUGUACAACGGCUUGGCCGUGCGUUUUCUUGUAUGAUCGGGGAUUAGACGUAUCCAGAUCUAGAAGGAUAAAUGUUUGUUCUGCUUAAAACGCUCCAAACAUGCCAACAAAAAAACUGUGUUGAUCCCUCGGGCUGCUUUAUUUAUAAUUUAUUUUUCAUCUAUUGAUUUCUUUUUUUGUAACAAGCGCGUUUGAGGCCGCGGGGGUAUGGGGCUUAGUGGAGAAGGUCGGGCUUAGUACUGCUGUACUGCAGCUGGUUCUACCAGGUCUUUUUCUUGAAAUCUGAUAGGGGUGGACCGCCGUUUCUUUUAAAUUUUCUAAUGGAAAAGCCCUGGGGACGAAGGCAACCUGUGAUGCUCCAAUUCAUGAGGAUUUGAGCGUGAUUUAUGUGGUAUUUCACGCAUUGUAUACUACUUCCCUGCCUUCCCUGCUCUCAGUAUUUACUAACCCACCACCGUUUCCUAAAAAUACAAAAUUUUACAGCUGUGGGCUUAGUAUCCUAGACUUCGAUUGAGUGCAAGACUGAGGAUGACCAUGAUAGAUAGAUAGUUAGAUAGUUUAUUACCAAUACUUUGCUGCCCAAAUGCUGAAUUGCGUAUUUACAAAUGAUGCAAUUGAUAAAAUGUGUACAUAAAACUAAUUACAGUAAAUAAAAAAGUGUGAAAAAUGUGAUAAAAAGUCUAAAAAUCUAAGUACAGGAUCUAAUAAUAAAACUAUUCCUAAAACGAUGUCUUGCAUUUAGGUACAAUGAAGCGCCUGUUGCACCUUAGAGCAUAACAAUGUUUUGAUACGAAACUCCUUUGUUUUCUUAUGGAAAUUAUAAUUAAAAAGUACUAGUUGGAAUAAAUAAAAAAAAACACGUUUUACAUAUUAAGAAAGCAGAAAUGGUUGUAUCAAAGCAAGGUCCACUCCAGCCUCGUUUCCAUCCAUAAAUGUAAAAUGGUCUAUUGAACUCGGCUGAGUUACACUGAAUCUCUAAUUGUUUGUGUUCUGUUUUUUGUCUCUUUAGGGUCUGGUGGUUAUCAAUAUUCGACAAAUACUUUCUUGUACUCACUGAGAAACUACAACGGGUAUGGAUACUUCAAACAGGACAUAACCAACGGCUACUAUGGCCACGCCACUUACAACAACAAUGGUUAUGGUCCAACCUUUGGUGCGGGCCAUGAUAUGUAUAUUGCGGACAAUGCGGGAGGAAAUACCCAGUCUUACUUUAAUUGUUACUCGUACCGCAGUCCCUAUUGUGACAAUUAUCUCUGGGUUGGAUCACGAUACGGGAAUAAUUUCCGCCCAGAUGAGUUGGAGGUUUAUUACGAAGUGCUGGCUUGA